AAUGCCUUACAGAGGCAUGUCAUGGCUGCACUGUCGUUUAAUAGCUGCAUUAUCUGCUUUAGGGACAAAAGCCAUGUAAAUGUAGCAAAUAUUGUUAACAAGCAUACCAUAUAUCUACUUUGAAUGUUUGUGUUAUGAAAGAAGUGUGUUUCAAAAAGCCAUAUGGGGGUAUAGAGAUGUAGAGCUGCAGUCAUUUUUGCUAAAAUACCCUGCUACAAAAUUUCCUAUCUUACUCUUUUUCAAGGCUACCUGCCUUGCUUCCAUCCUCAAGACAUUAAGGAAAUUUUGUGGCCAUUGCAGCUUCUUAAGUGGCAUAUGCCACGUUGAUGAAUAAUCGUGGGCUGUUGAUAGUUUAAAUUUCUAGGUUAUUUUUUUUUUCUGCAUCAUUGUGCUUUUUUUUUUUUUCACAGGUGUGGCUUGAUCAUGGAGGUCUAGAUGAGGAGGUCUACAAAAUGGGGCCUUCUACUAGGGCUUUGCACACACUCCUCUUCCAUAGCGCACUUUCCUGAUACCACAAAAUGGUGCCUUAGUAAAGAAUUGAGCUCACUUUGCGAGGACCAUGGGUCUCAAGACAACUGAACGGCCACCAACACCUGGCUUCCUUGACUGUCCACCAAAGACUCUUGCUGAUGUGCUCAGCCCAUCUCCCGUCCUGGAGGGUAUGGACCGAAGUGGCUUGCCUCAAUCUUGCUGGUUUCAGAGGAGCUGCGGUGGUGGCAACGCCGGAACGCGGACUGCGUCGGCGUUUCCGGCGGCGGCGGUGCCCGACUCGAGGAGUCCUUCUGUCGACAAUGCCGGCAACUGCGGUCGCCGGUCCCGGGACGGGCGGCCUCGCGGGACCGGCGCUAGGGCCUCGCCCCGGCUCGCCUCCCCGACCGCCGAACGGCAUCUCGCCUCCCUGCUGCAGCAGCUACGUCGGGAACGUUCACAUCAUUUGAAUCACCUUCACCAGUGUCACAGGCUUGAGCUGUGGCAAGGUACAGAAAUCUGCAGCACUGACAAUAAGAGGCCUCCGUCACCAGGACUCCAGGUGUACAGUGACUAUGUGUCCAUCAGUCCAAGUGAAGGCAUGUCCACGCAUCACACUGGCAUCUUCAGGCAUGACAACAGGAGUGCGCAUGGUUUCCCAACUGGGACAUUCUCUACAACAAUAAACAUGGCGGAUUCUUCACAUUUUCUUCAUGGACAUUCACUGCCCCAAAGUCCAACAGGGGUUGACAUUCCGCUGAGGAAUGGCAUGGGCUUGUCUUCAGAAGAGCACAUGGCAGGACCUUUCUGCCAGGAAGAUUGGGCAGAUGACCAAGUUCUGUGGCGGAGCUUGCCGACCAGUGUGGGGGUGAGUGGUGCCGCAGAUGGCUCUCAUGGCUUUCCUGAGGAGGACUACAUGGCAGGGCCAACAUUUGGCACUGGGAUGAGUGCAAGCUACUAUGGGGGUCGGCGACCACACUCCCGUCAUCUAAGCUCGAAGGUGGAGAUGGUAUACUCUCUGCUGUCUAUGCUGGGAACACAUGACAAGGACGACCUGAGUCGGACGUUGCUCACUAUGUCAGGUUCCCAGGAAAGCUGUCUAGCUAUGAGACAGUCAGGCUGCCUACCUCUGCUUAUACAACUUCUGCAUGGCAGCAGCCAACAGCAGGAAGGAGACUCGCAGGAGAGCCAGACUGAACAGCGUCGAGUUGUGCGAGAACUUCGGCUACGGGCCAGCCAGGCACUGCAUAACGUCGUGCACGCCCACCCCGAUGACCGUCAAAGCCGCCGUGAGGCUCGAGUUCUGCGUCUCCUGGAGCAAAUUCGAGACUUCUGCGACUACCUGCACGACCUUGAGGCAUGCAUCACAGAGCCCAACCAGAAUGAAGCUGGUGACCAGCAUCCGGGAUCAGCUAUCGCAGCGCUCAUGAAGCUGUCCUUUGAUGAAGAACACAGGCAUGCCAUGUGCCAGCUUGGAGGUCUGCAAGCAAUAGCAGAGCUGAUCCAAGUGGACCAGACAAGCCAUGGUAACACAGCUGAGCCGAGCUGUGUGACAUUGCGACGAUACGCCGGCAUGGCACUGACAAACUUAACCUUUGGGGAUGGUACAAACAAGGCCUUGCUCUGCUCCAUGAAGGGCUUCAUGCGUGCCCUAGUCUCACAGCUGCACUCACCCAGUGAAGACCUACGUCAGGUGACAGCCAGCGUGUUGCGCAACCUGUCGUGGCGAGCUGACUCGACCAGCCGCGAGACCUUGAGGGAGGUGGGUGCUGUGCCCCUUCUCAUGGAAGCCUCAAUGGAGGCCCGCAAGGAGGCCACGCUCAAGAGCAUCCUCUCGGCUCUCUGGAACCUCUCUGCACAUUGCACUGCCAACAAGGUGGACAUCUGCAAUGUAGAAGGGGCCCUGGCAUUCCUCGUAGGUACUCUAACUUAUCGCAGCCCAUCCAAAACGCUGGCCGUCGUCGAGAAUGGGGGUGGCAUACUUCGCAAUGUGUCCAGCUAUGUUGCACUACAGGAACAGCACCGACAAACCCUGCGUGUUCACAGCUGCCUGCAGAUUCUCCUCAAGCAGCUCAAGUCUCCCAGCCUCACUGUGGUCAGCAAUGCGUGCGGCACACUCUGGAACUUGUCUGCACACUGUGCCCAAGAUCAGCGCACACUCUGGGAGAUGGGUGCUGUGUCAAUGCUGAGGAACCUUGUCCAUUCCAAGCACAAGAUGAUUGCCAUGGGUAGCUCGGCAGCUCUCAAGAAUCUCCUGACAGCUGCAACGGAGCUGAAGCUGGCCGACUGUGAUGGCUGCAACAACAACAAAGAUGACAAUGACAAUGAGAGCCUGCCGUCACUGGCUGUUCGGAAACGCAAGGCUCUGGAGACGGAGCUUGACGCUAGCUUGUCAGAAACGUGCGACAACAUCGACAGUCCCCGUGCCAGUCCCACGGGGGAGCCACGUUUCGGCUUCGACUUCCACCAGCCGGAUAUUUUGGAACGGUUUCACACUUAUCUUCCUGGGAGAAUGUAUCAUAGCAUCGGAGGCGAGAGGGACGUUCCACGGUCAGACAGCCGUGAUAGCAUCGGAAGCACACAGUCGGAGCCAACACACCUGAGGCCUCCACAGUCGGUGUUCUCCAGGCAGCGGCGCAGGGGCAGGCAGCUUUUGGAGCGAUAUGGGAGGGGUGGUGAUUUUGGCAACUUGAAUCUAGCACUUGUGAAUCCAUAUUUCCCUCAUCAUAGCUUAGAGGAAGAAGAUGCAGAAGCCUUGAAUGGAAACGACUUAGAAGAGCCCCUAAAUCAGACUUUAAGUGAUCGGAAUAGCUUAGUAAAGGGUCCCUUGUGGCGAGAUCCCAGUGAGUGUGCAAAGAAAAGGCUGGAUGACAGUCUUGAAGAGGAUGAUGAGGAGGAUGUUGAAGAUGGGGAUGAGGACGACUUGGAAGUAGAUGCCUGCAGAGACCACUCGGGUUCGGCUGGCCUGAGGCACUUGCAUGGAAUGAAGCCUCUGGAACGGAGUCGCCGGGAAGUUCAAGAGAUCCAGAGGAUCUUCGAAAGGGCACAGAGCCCGCAAACUUCACUGAGAGGCCUACAUGUCCAGUGUGCUAAUGACACAGUUAUUUUGACUGACCUGGGUAGCUUGGAAGACAUAUCAGACGUAGUUAUUUCAUCAGUGUCAAAGCAAGAACUUGAUGCUGAGGACAAAGAAGAGGAUGAGUGCCUGUCCGAUGAGGACCUUCUGUCUCCUCCUCUCCAAGGUGAUGAUGAAGAUGAGGCAGCCGAGGCAGAUCACAGUGAUGCUGCUCACACUGGUGCACCUCUUGGCCAGCAGACAAGUUUCACAGUCGGUGGCUCAAGCAAGGGCAGUGGGAUUCCCAUCAUGGCCAACUUCUCCAGACCUCUCAGAAAGGACGCAACAGUCACUACUUGGGCUUCACGGCCUUCAAGUAUCCCACAGAGGUCCACAAUGGGCCAGCCUAGUGCUGUGAAUGAAGGACCAGAUCAACAUUCCAGGACCGGAGCACAGUCCUCAGACUUAAUGGACACCACACCAGGCACUCCCGACACCCUGGAGCCGGCUUGUUCAGACUUAGGCACCACAGCAGUGUCGCAUGCACCGACUAGUGGGGAAGCAGGAGAACACCCAGGGGUAGUGCCAUCAUCGCAGAUGUUUUGUCAGCAACAACAGCAGACUGUGGCACCUAUGGUUAACAGAAAGCCAGCUGGCCACUGCUGUAGCUUCGCCCACUCUACACCGGCACCGUCCCUGCACGAGUACAUUUACGGCAAGAAGAGAGGCAGUGCCAAACCACCAGUGGCAGUGAAGCCACUGCAGUUGCAGCAACAGAGCAUGCCACGUCUGGAGCAGUUGGAGCAUUCUCAAGCUGACGUAGAGCAACCACUGGUGCCAGAAAGCGGUUCCAUUCCAUCGGUUACCAAAAUACCACAGUCAGGGAGACCUAGCCUUGUUGCAGCACCGAAGAUCUUUCGGACAAAUGCGAACCCUCCUGUGCUGCCUCAGGCUUUCACAGGCACGACAGGAAACUCCCAGGAUGCAUCUGACAGUAUGUGUCACUCUGAACCGGGACCUUCAACAUCAGGGACUUCAAUGGCAGACGAACCUGCCAUGUCCUUCAGGGAAAAAAUUGAGAGGUUCAACCAGGCCCCCAAAGACCCCUCUUGCAUCCGCCAGAGGCAUUUUGGUUAUCAAAACAAGACGAAAAAGACUGAAUGCAACCUUGGUAUGGCAAACUCUCGCACUCAGAAUGACAGAAACAUUCCCGAAGAGAAAGGUAAGAAGGAUGAGAGAGCUCAGGAAAAGUUUCGGCCUGAACCUGCUAAGUCAGAUAACGACUUGGAGAUGCUGAGUGCUGCAGAAUCGGGGUCCACAAGCCUUCUGGCAUCGUCCAGCACAAGCUCAUCAACAUUGAAGGCUCCUCCAUCAGCACAGCACAUUAAUCUUGGCACGAGCAGAGUGGUGGCUAGGCUUUUUGAUGAGGAAGUGCCGGCUAUAACACUCAACGCUGGUAACGCAGCUCUUGAGGCUCGAUCGGUGAGACCCGACGUUGACGACGAAAUGAUGCAAAGUACAACGAGUUUGAUGUCCGAUCUGGAAGGCGCAAAGCCACCUUCUGUCAUGGGGGACCUGCUAUCCAUGAGUAUGACGAGCAGCGGUCUUUCUGAAGACGUCUCAUCGAAUGGCAAGGGUGGGAAGGCACCGAAGCGCGGUCGUGUGCCGGAGACGGUGCGGCGCGCCCUGGGAGCAUCGAUGGAGUCACCUUUCAGCGACUGUGACCUCCUAGAUUACGUUGGACCACCUUCCGCCAUGGGUUCAAUCGAGAACCUUAGCAUUCGCAGCAGAAGUGGCCAGUCCGACGAUCUGAACAACGUCAACCCACCUUCCACGAUGGAUGAUCUCUCGAUGAGUGGCAGCUGCAUGAGCCUUAACAGUAUACCCAGUGACGAUGAAGCAAACAGUCAGUCCAGUCCACUCGUGCCUGAGCCCAGCCCACGAAGAAUGUCUAAGCGUGGCAGUGACAUGUCAGAUCGACUCAAUGCAGCAGCCAACAUGGCGCAAGUGUACUCCCGUGAGCUCAACUCACUCGUAAAUGGCAGCAUGAAAAGCAGCAGUGGCACUUCAGAGAUGCUUGAGCACGUGCAACCUCCCUCCGUCUACCAGGAUAUGAACGAGGUGACGUUCGAGGACAUGACAGAAAUGGGCUCGGAUGGCUUUGCAUCUGACGUUGAAUUUGAUGACGAGCUGAUGCAUGACGACGAUGUCCCGCUGACAUCGACAACUGAGACACUGCGGCCUCCAGCUGUCGCCUUGUUGCAGAAGGAAGAGCAGUUUGGAGACAGCACGGAAAACUUGGCCAGCACAUCAGCAGACAUAGAACCCUUGGAAUCUGAUGAACACUUUUCAUCGCCGGCCCAUCAUAGUUCUUCCUUAAGUCACGGCAGCCCGUCUAGAAGAAUCGACUGCCCAAGUAUUGAUGUCGAUCGACCUUCAUUGCUUGGAAUGCCGGUCAAGCAAGCUAGGGAAAGGUUCUACGACGUCUUUUGCCAUAGGAAAGGCGAUGACACCAUUGAUGACGAAACCUUCUCGCUGAUAUCGAAUAAUUCUGACCAGGAUAACAUAGAGGAUGCCACCCAGCCGGAGUUGCAGGAGAAGGCAGAAUCCACAUUAAGGCCUCCCUCAUCUAGAGGGCCGCGAAUUGUGAAGCCAAUAAACAGGGAGACAAUACGGCAACUGCAGGACAAGAAAGAACAGGAGAGAGCCGGGUCGUCUCCACCGGUUGUGCGCAGGCGAGAAUCACUGCCUUCCAAGGUUGGUGCCAAACGUACCAGUUCGCCAAAGCAGUCCACGUCUUCAAACCCUUCCCCUAUCAAGCACACGAAAGCUUCAGCGCUCAGAGCUUCACAAAAUCAGAGGUCCUCGUCCGAAGGAUCGCGACAAGCGAAAAGUACAUCUCCACAGCGGUUUGUGCGUACAGCUCCCAGCUCACCGGGUAAAACAUUGAGUGAAAGGCCAGGACUUCGAGCGCCGAGAGUCCAGACCAGGACCACUACCACAAGUGCAACAAAUUCACAGAUUCACAGGCCUACUGGACGGCCAAAGAGCUUGGAACAAGACGUUAGGACAACAGUUGCGACUGACUCUCCAGAGCCUUCACUGGUACCUCCACCACUGGUUAGGCAGGGCACUUUUACCAAGGAGUCUCCCACCGAUCCCACGGCAUCAGUCACAGCAGGCCCAGAUCCAAAACCAUGCAAAUCUAUUGCACAGGAUGUGGGUUCUGCUGGUAGUGGCCGAUCAAGCACUCACAGCAGUCCUCAGCACUCAUCACGAAGACCGGCAAAGAGCGCAUCCACGCCGAGUGUUCCGGCAAACAGCAGCCGUUCGUCUUCGAGUGGUGGCGCGGUGCAGAAGAGGAGGACGAUCCCGCUGUCACCGAGCUCACAUAGCCUUGGCUGUGACGAAAAAAAGGGGCCUUACGUGCGAAGUCUCAGCAGCGGGGGCUUUCUGGCUGCCAGUGCACAGGUUCAGAAAUCUGGAAGUGCUGCCAGUCUGACUUCGCAGUCGAGCUCUGGCAGUGUUGUGUUGCCCCGUGGCAGGGCACCGGCUCCACCCAGGAAGGACACUGUUCCAGGCAAGCUCUCAUCUCUGUGGAAGCGCAAAGGCUCCUCUCCGCCAGCUAGCACCGUGGCUGUGAAUUCCGCAAAGCCUAGCAUCAGAGCAGCGGCUAAAUCUGAAAGCUGCAAGACCACAGGACGCGGGGAGCUGAAUGGUCUUUCUGUCACCAACAAAAACCAACAACAGCCCAUGAUCUGCAGGAGUUCUACUUAUGAGAAGCUUACGGAUGUUGGUGUUGAUGCAGAUGGCGACCGGGAGUCUUCUUCAAAAGCUCGCUCGAAGACGGCAAACUCCACACAGCAACAGCAACAGAACCUCAACCGGUCCUCCGUGCCUCCAGCGCAGCCCGCGAAGGCCGUCCGACCGACCAAUUUCUGGAAGAAGCUGGCUGAGCCAUCCUCGUCACCGGCUUCGUCAUCGCAGUCUUCAGUGAAGACAGUUACAAGCUUUGCUGCAAGCACUAAGCGUGUGUUUGGCGCCAACCGAAAGAUCUCGGAUGCCUCAUCAAGUCCCGUGGUCUCUCCUUCCUUGCUGCCUUCUGGUAAGGAGAGUUGCAGACCCACGGUCCUUGCCCUCAGGCUUAACAGCCCCAUAGCACCAGCGUCCCCUUUGCAGCAGCAACUGCAUCCACCCUUGCUUCACAGUCCAAUGAGCCAGCCGGGCGCCACGGCUUUGUCGCCCACUGCUGACUCCAAGGGCUCAUCGCCGGCGUCAGCCGUGGUGUCGCCAUUCAACUACAAGCCCAGGACGCCCACCACACCCGGAGGCACGCGCUCCCUAAUCCCAGCUCCCGUCAAACUGGCUGGCACCCCACGGUGUUCCGGUGAACAGGAGCUGCAGGUCAAGUAGGCGUUGUGCUGUCCUCAAGCAGAUCACAGACAGGUGUUGCAUCAAUGAAGCAUUGAGGGCUGAAGUGCGCUGUGUGGUGCUGUGGCUGAAAGCGUGCAUCAUAGGCAUUCGUUUGCUUGUGCAUGGACGGUGUACUUGUGGAGGAUGUUUAUUUGAAUCAUGUGGUCACAUGGGGAAUCCCUUGAGAAAUGCUUGCUUGAGAACAGCUUUGUCGUGAAUGGCUUUGUUUAUGUGACGCUUCGCCACCUUUUCUCAGCGGUUUGGAAAGACCCGGUGAAUAAUGUAAAUCUGUUUCUCCCAACUUUUCUUAGGAUAUGAGUAAAAGCCGUGCCAACCCUUCUUUAUUCUUUUGCAACUCUGCACCACGCUGAAAUUCUCAGAUUACAACACAAACCUAGAAGUGUUAAAAUCAACGCUUAUAUUUCCUUACUUACUUCCAUAACUUUUAGACUUAUAUUGUUCAAGCUGCUCACUGUGGCGGGUGUUGUGCGCUAUGCACUGUGCAGUCAUUAUAGUUGCUGUCUGUUUAUGAUAUCCUUUGCUGACAGAUCAUACAUGCUUAUUUGUCGGCCACUUGAGAUCUUUGCGUCAAAAGGAAUGGUACGUCAAACUCUCGCUGCAGAGUACAUUGUGUUAAAAGAGAUAGAAAAAGAAAUUGUGAUUGAAAGGUUUCAACGUUUUGCCAGGGUGACCCCCAGACACUUUGAUGCAUUCUAUAAAAGGUGAACUGUGCACAGCAGAAUGGAAACACGGUUACUUUCGGUCAAGGUCAUGUUUGAACGCCACCAGCGACGCCAAAGAGGAGAGGGAAUGAAAUAUACUUGUCCAUUCAACAUGGUCCGUACUUUAAUUUCGUGCACUGUGAGCAUAUGUGAAACCGAAUGUGUAUUCGUUCCAUCCUUGUAAGCAAUUAGUUGACCGUCUAUAAUAGUUAGCUGAGCGAUCACGUCUGUCAAAUUUUCCAGAUCAACCGCCCAAGUAAACAAACGCAAACUGCUGUAGCACUGAAGGCACAUAACAGUUCAUUGGGUCGGAAGACCGCCAAACUACUCAUAACUCUCGGAGACAACCAUUCAGUUAAUGAAAUGCAACUUUGCCACAUGGUGGAUGACAAUUAAACUUCACGGAGCAUUGCUAGGACGCCUAAAAUGCAUAUGUGCAGUUUGUUUAUGCUCCUAUGAACGAUGGAAUCGGAAGACUUGUUGCUUCUGAAAAGUGUUCUGCUCACCAUGCCCUGUUCGUGCACACGCCACAGGUCACACAUCUUUAUUCAUUCUUGUCUUUCACUGCCAGUAUGGCUGACUGCCUUCUUGACCAUCUGGAGGAAUCCGCUACAGUGGUCAUCGCUGGUAUACAGUCUUGGCAGAAACUUUUCAAGCCAGUACUCGCUUUAUGACUGUGCAUAAAAAAAAAAUACAAGAUAAAAUAAAAAAGAAAGAAAGGAAAAAUAAAACAUUUGUCCCAUAGCACACAUGCUUGCAUCCAUAUAAUCAUAUGGAUUUGUUGGAUGUCGCGGUGCUUCUGGGCCGAAAUUACCCCAAGGCACUCUGCUAUGGUGGCUAAGAUAUAUUACCACGAUGGGUGUGAGGGGGUAUAUUUAUAAAUUUUUACAGACUGAAGCUGCGAGUGACCUGCAUUGAAUUUCUGUUGCUUCAAAGCUUUAUAUAUUGAGAAGAAACCCUCUUGCUUCCGAAACCUCGAAACAACAGGAAUAUUAUGUGAGCCCUGCCGCAGGGUGUGUGCUUGUGCAAAGGCUUCAACAUUUGUUUUGCAAUGGCUGCAUCGAACGUGACUGUAUUAUGGUGAGCACAACCGUUCCCAGCAUCGCCUCGCUUCAAGCAUACUGAUGUCGGGGGAUUAAUUCAACGGUAAUUAGCCAAGCGAACUAAGGUAAACACGGCCCAAUGAGUUAUUUAAAGGGCAGGUGUAAGUGGCAAGUCAUCAUCACGAAAGCUUUCAGCUAAUGUUAUAUGUAAUUGCUGUUUCCCUGUUACUUUGGUACCAAGGCACAGCAGCGGAAACAAAUAAUUGGUGGUACCAUCUUGUGAUGCUUUGUGCGACCAAAAUAUGUCAGAAACUUGCAGCACUUUUAUUUCCUAGAAAUGUUCAGAAAUGGCUUAGAUAGCUGCCGAAUCCUUACAUGCCAGCAGGUGAGCACAACAUGGGCACAUAUUGCAGCAAGAGGUUUGUGCACUUUGGUUGAACAAAGCCUCACAAGAUGUAGCGAUUUCUAGUGCCGUUUUGGUGUCAUGGUAAAUCAUUAGUGGCAACAUGUGCUUGCGCAAAGGAGUGAUUUUCUAUUCCUUCCUGGGAAAAUGCACUGUCCUUGAUCUGGUACCAGAUUUAAGCAUGCAUCAUUGUCCUGCCACUGUUUAAUGUUUUGUUGCAAAGCAGUAAAAACAGGAAUUUGUUGUUUCCCGUUCAUUUUUACGGCAUUAUGUUUACUUGGAGACGUCUGCUGUAGAUAUCACCGAGAUAAUCUUUAGACAGAGGUAUUUAUUAGGGGUGUUGUAUGUGAAUCAGCCACUUCUGCAUUUCCUACAUCCUCAUUUUUGCAGUGUUUUUGAUGAGUAUGUACCAUGUGUCUCGUCGUAGCAGCUAUAUAUGUGUAACAUUGUUAUGCGAUCAUUAAUUGUACAUUUAUUUAACAUUGUGAGGUUUUAUUCUCUCAAGCAGCUUAUGUAACAAUAUUUGUGGUCCCUGUAAAGUAACAGCUACACUUGGUACUGACUUUCUGUUGAUACAAAGUGGGCGCUUGAUGUUCUGCUAGGAUUUUAAACAAAACUUUUGGAAUCUAGUCAAUGCACUAUGAGCUUCCGUGCAGCCAUGUAACCUUAUGGAGCAGUCUGUAUCGAUGGACGCAUUAAUUUCGUUUGAUGCGUUUAGAGAUGUCUUCGUCUCGCAUCUGUGCCAUUUUUGUUUUCGUGCGUUGUGCGCUUGACCACUUUUUCAUGCUUUCUAUUAGAUUGUUGCUGCAGCUUUGUCCGUUAACAGUGCUUUAUCCCACGUAAGAGCUCAUUUCUGCUCGUAACUAUAUAGUCUGAAAUUUUAAUCGUCUGUAUACAUACAACUUACUUGCUGUUGUCACGUGCGCAACAUUCAGUCGUGUAGUUUUACUACAGCCAUGGAUAGGAAGUUUGAGCGUAGCAUAUAAUGUAAUGAAGUGUACAGACGCAGCUCCUAGUAUACCUUGAUGCCAAACUUUUGUAAGACAAAUAGGCAAAGUGUUUUGCUAGGUUUUACACAUAUUUGAGAUGGUGUCUUCUUAUCUGCUUCAUUGUUGUGACAUCCCUGCUUUUUGUUUCUUUGCUUUUAUUUGUUCAAGUGCAGCAGUUGCUGUAUGCUGUGUACGCACUAUUGCAGUGCUUCAUCGGUAAACACGACAGUUCACUCGUGAGCUGUACAUUUUCGCAUGUUGUACGAGUGCUAAUGCACUGUAGUUUGUACAUACUGUACAAAUAGACUGACCGUUUUGCUUUCAACUAUAGAUAUGAAUACUAAUCAUUCUUGCAUGUGCAUUGCGAUGUGUUCCUGUGUUAGUUUCCUCUUACUUCUGGCGUUAGAGAUGUUUCUUGCGCACUGAAUAUUACGUUCAGUGUAUCCCUCUUUCUGGAAUGCCGCCUGCUCAUGUUACAACAAAGGGGUUCUGUUGCUAAAACGGCACAAUGUGUCAGUCAUAAUUGCACAUUACAUUGAGAAAGUGUGUGUGAGUGGAGUACAAAUGAAAGGUUAUGAAGUUAUCCAAACAUAAAAUAAAAGAAACCCCAGUCAUCAAAA